AUGAAAGUGUCCGUUCUCUCCCUAGCCGUGGUCGCUGGUCUGGUCCAGCGGUCUGCUGCCGGUGGUGGCGACUAUGACCACUGUCGUCCCAACACCUGCAACAACGCCGUCACCAACCGUGGCAGUCCGCCGCUCAACUCGGCCGCCAAGGACGACUGCAGCUCGUUCUUUGCCUGCAAUCCUGUCACCGCCACAGACUGUCUCAAUACCAUCACCGUCUGGGACACCGUCUCCAAGGAGCCCGUCACGAAGACCCUCGCCACCACCACGACGUGGGUCACACUGGGGACCAACGCCUACACCGACGUCGAGACCAACACCGUCGUCGGCGUGACCAAGACCCUCUUCGACACGGUCACGGUCGCCACCGAUGUCGUCACCGUCACCAAGUUUACGCCCACCGAGACCAUCAAAGCGACCACGACGGUGUACACAGGCCAGCCACUCGACCGCCGCGACCGUGGUGGCGAGGCGGGGAAGCAGCCACGGCUGAAGAAGCGGAACAACCGGUGCAAACCCUCGCUGCCGUCGUCGUCGAGCCAAAGCCCGUCGAGCUCCUCGUCUCCUCCUCCGUCGUCAAGCCAAAGCCAGUCGAGCCCCUCGUCUCCUCCUCCGUCAUCAAGCCAAAGCCUGUCAAGCCCCUCAUCUCCUCCUUCCACGUCGUCGUCAUCGCCGUCGUCGUCAUCGCCGCCGUCGUCAAGCCAGAGUCUGUCAAGCCCCUUGUCUCCGCCGCCGUCGUCAAGCCAGAGCCUGUCAAGCCCCUCGUCUUCUCCUCCUACGUCGUCGUCAUCGCCGUCGUCGAGCCAGAGCCAGUCGACCCCCUCGUCUCCGCCGCCGUCGUCAAGCCACAGCCAGUCGAGCCCCUCGUCGUCGCCGCCGUCGACGUGCCCCUUCCCCGUCCCCACAUACGCGGCGGCCUGCGGCGACGCUGCCAACUACGCCAGCGCCUGCUCCUGCGGCGGCGUCAAGGCCACGACCACGACGAUCACGGUCCAGGCCACCACUGUCACACGCACCACGACGGUCACGCCCACCGUCACGGCCACGUCGACCAAGACCAAGACAACGUACACACGGGUGACCACGACCACGUUUGUGACCAAGAUUGCAACGACAACGACGUUGAAGGAGCAGGACGUCACCAAGACGACAACCCAGACGAUUCGGCAGACCAAGACGGUCACUGCGACCACCACGCUGACGCUGCCCACGUGCACCAACAAGGCGAUUACGGCCACAGGCUACACGGGCGGCAGCGGGGGCAAGCCGCCGACCAAGGUCACUCUGCCGUUCAACAUCCGCUGCUUCACGCUGAUCCAGCCGACCAACAACGACUGCACCUCGUCGUGGUCGUCGGAGAACUCGGUCGGCGCGUGCGCAUCCAACUGCGCAAGCAACAGCGGCUGCGACGCCUUCAUGUUCCAGAUUGCGACACGCCAGUGCACGCUCUUCUACAAGCUGAGGACGUACAAUCUGGUGGCCAACAACGGCUACGUAUCGGGGCUGCAGCCGUGA